AUGGCCCUCGCGACUGCAGAGAGCUACGACUACGACGUCUUCCUAAGUUUCAGAGGGACAGACACGCGCCACGGCUUCACUGAUUGCCACUACAAUUUCAUGGUAGACGCCGGCAUCCGGGUCUUCAGGGAUGAUGACGAGCUCUCAGUCGGUCAGCAGAUCAACAAGAUCUUGCUGGCCAUCGAGAAUUCCAGAAUAUGCAUGCCGGUCUUGUCUAGGGGUUUUGCAUCUAGCACUUGGUGCCUCCACGAGUUUGCAAAAAUGGUUGAGCUUAGGAAGGAGAUCGUGCCCAUCAUAUACUUUCAAUUCAGUAAAGAGAUCGUUAAAGAGGUUCUAAUCGAGUUGAAGCUCAACCACAUUCAUGUGCCGGACUAUCUAGUUGGAAUGGAUGGUCAACCGGAAGUUGCGAUGAAAAUGUUACUUUCCAAAUCGAGUGAUGUUCGGUUCCUCGGGAUCCACGGCAUGGGCGGGAUUGGAAAAACGACACUGGCCAAGGUUCUAUUCAACAAACCCUCAUCGAGCUUUGAGUGUUAUAGCUUUCUCGCAGAUGUUCGAGAGAUGGCGAGCCACCAUGGUAUCGAAUACUUGCAAAAGAAGCUACUGAGCAAUCUCAAUCCCAGAAUAGGAGACACUACUCAUAUCUCCAACCCAAUUGUGAUGAUAAGGAAUAGCUUUCGUAUAAAGAAAGUUUUGAUAAUUCUUGACGAUAUCGAUCGAAAGGAACAGAUUGAGAAUAUUGUUGGCGAUGCUAAGUGCUUCGGUCCAGGGAGUAGGAUAAUUGUUACAACGAGGGACUCAAGAGUCUUGAAAAUUGGCCAUGAACCGUUUCAUGGCAUCAUUGAGAUGGAAGAGAUGAAUUUAAGUGAAGCACUUCGACUUUUCAGCUGGCACGCUUUUGAAGGGGACUCUCCUCCACUAAAAAGCAUAUGGGAAGAGACCGCAAAGAUGUUAGAGAAAAAGCCAGAUCGGGCUGUCCGAGAAAAGCUGAAGAUCAGUUAUGACGCGCUGGAGCAUGAGCAACAGCAGAUGUUUCUCGAUAUCGCUUGUUUCUUCAUCAACACAGAAAAGUCAAAUCCGAUUCACAUGUGGGAUGCCUGUGAUUUUCAUCCGACUUUGGGACUCAAUACCCUCAUUUCCAUGGCUCUGGUGAACAUUGUUGAAGAUGAUAAGCUAUGGAUGCACGACCAACUAAGAGAUCUCGGAAGGGAAAUCGUCCGAGAAGAAGGAUUGCAACAUUAUAGAAAGUGCAGCAGGUUAUGGAUAUGCGGGGAGGAGAUCUCAACCACGCUCAAAAGCAAAGAGGGUAAGGAAAGCAUUGUAGGCCUCCAUUUAGACGGACUUUACCCAAAUGCGACGGGAGAGGUGUUUGCCGGAAUGCAAAAUCUACGGUUCCUUUCAUUGGAGGAGGCUAAAUUUGGGAAGAAGUUCAAUCAUCCUCUUCCAGAACUAAAAUGGUUGUCAUGGCAUUAUUUACCUUCAAGUUUGAACCCUGCCCAUCUAAACAUUCGCAAGCUGGUUGUUCUCGAGUUGCCACGGAGUUCCACUAGCAAGAGUGGAGUGGAUGGAAUCAAAUCGAGCAAGUUGACUGCUACACCAGACUUCUCUAGGAUCUCGAACUUGGAGAGAUUGACUCUCUGUAAGUGCACCAAUCUUGCCAAACUUCACAGAUCCAUCGUUAAGUUGAAGAACCUAAGGCACCUGGAUCUCAGGUAUUGUUCUUCACUUUGUGAGCUGCCCGACGAAUUAGGAUGCCUAGAAAAACUGGAAUUCAUGUCCUUAUAUCGUUGUGCAAGACUAAAGAAACUCCCCAACUCAUUUGGGAAACUAAAGGCUUUAGUCGCAUUGAAUUUUUCAGGUAAAGUAGAUAUCAGCACCAGAUUAGUGUCUUGGAUUGUGUCUAUGAUUGAGAUGAGUGAGAUGAUGCCAUUUGGGAGCACAAGUUUAUGGGAUGAAGUUCUGGAUCUGUCGCUUCUUUCUGAUUUUGAUGAUCAAUCCAUCAUCAGGAAGAUAAUAUCGUUUGUGAAGUUCGUCAUAGAUGAAUACCUGGCCAAAUGGCUAUACCCUCAGCAGCAAGAGCUUCCGGAAACGUUUGGCGAUCUAACAGCACUCACAAAGCUAGAUCUCUCGUACUCGAAGGUUUCUCAUUUACCAGAUUCCUUUGGAAAUCUAGGAAACCUGAAGGAACUAAACGCAAAAUGGUCUUCCUUGGUUGCACAACCAAAAUCUGUAGGAAUGUUAAAGAAGCUUGAAACACUUGGCCUGGGAGGAUGUCUCUCGUUGGCAGAAAUCCCAUCAGAAAUCGGGGGCCUCUCCAGCUUGAGAAUAUUGGACCUGUCACUUACAGCAAUCCACCAGUUGCCUUCAACCGUGACUCAGCUUUAUCUUCUCCAGUCUAUCAAUUUAAGGAUUUCCUCGCUAGGAAAACCGACAGAAGUUCCUACUAGCUUAAACGGUCUGCCCGGUGAAUCUUCAGACUCCCCCCUGUCGCUUGAACUCCUUCAGUGGGUUACCCCCCUGCCAACCACUUUUGCUGAUUGUUCUCGACUUGAGGCACUUAACCUCUCGUGUGAGUUCUUGAAACGCAUCCCACCACUUCCCUCUAGCUUGAGAUGGUUGGCUCUUGACGGGUUAGGUAAUGCCGUGGAAAUGCCAUAUACUUCCAACUUGAAGAAUUUGGCCGGUUUAAGUAUCUACAUGUCCAAUCGAGAGGAACUGGCAUGUUUGUUGCUGGAAAGUUUGAGAGAGCUGCGCAUAUCUGACUGUAAUUCUUUGCCUGAUCUGUCACACUUGAAGAAUCUCCAGAAGUUUACAUUAUUAGGUACGGCAUCAUUGCAAGAGAUUCCAGGGCUCGGGAAAUUGGAAUCAUUGCAAGAGCUAUGUAUUGGCGACUGCAAUUCCAUUGGGUCAUUAGAGAAUCUAUCAGUUUUGACGAAGCUAAAGCACCUCAGUCUACACGAUUGUCGGAACCUCAAAGUAGUUGAAGGACUCGAUAGACUGUCAUUGAUUGAGAAAGAUGUGCACUUUGCUGAUUGUAAAUGCACACUAUGUUCUCCAAGACAUGGUUUGCUGUCGGCAAAGACAUUGAUCCUCUUAGUCAUAGGUGUAGUUGGAAUUCCCCGUUGGGAUCUUCCAUCGAAGAUUCGACAUUUCUUAGAGAGCCCGGAAGUCAACGCAAUCUCUUCAAUAAAUGAUGGAAACCAUUGA